AUGGGCUUCUUCUCCACAAAGUCGGACGAGGACCGCCGCGCAGAGGAAGUCCGCUCCGGCGCCGUCGCCCCGAAACGCAGCGAGCGCCGCAAGUGCUGGGACGCCCGCGACGCCUACUUCGGCUGCCUCGACGCCAACAACAUCGUCGACGCCCUCAAGGACGACCGCCAGGCCCGCAAGGCAUGCCCGACGCAGAACGCCGACUUUGAGCGGGAUUGUGCCGCUGCGUGGGUCAAAUACUUCAAGCAAUGGCGCGUAGCCGACAUCGCCAAGAAGGAGCGGAUAGCGCAGCUCGAGGCCGAGAACGCCAUCAAGAUGGACGUGACCACCACCUUCGCCGACAACUCCAAGGGCACGAGCAAGGCCGAUCUGCAAGACAUGCUGGCGUCCAAGAGGCAGUAG